UCUCAUCAGAACUUUAUUUAAGGUAUUUGAAUGUAACAUUUUAAGACAAUGGAUUUUGAAAAGAGAGGAAAGUGUUUUCCUGUCAAAUCUUUAACCCUUUAUGGGGCGAGGAACCAUAUUUGAUCACUUCCGCACACACCAAACAUAGCGUCACUGCUGCAACUCAGUGAGGUCGAGAAGCAUAUGGUUUUCUCCCAGCCAAUCAGCGAAGAUAACUCUACGCCACAAAGCCCGCCAUUGGGGAAUUUGACCAAUCAGCAGAGGCCUGAAACGUUUCAAACUUCCGGUUUUCUCGGAAUCCGGAAAAAGGCAAUUUUGCGGCUCCGUUCAUUCACGGAAUUCUGUGAAACGACUAAACUAACCAUGCAACUGUCCACUCGGAUGUUUUAUUCCAAGAGAAAGGAUAUUGUCAUUGUGCCAGCACACCCUGCCAUCAGUGACGAUGACGAGGAGGAAGAUGACGAUGUGGAAGACCCUGACUUUGUCCCACCCACUCACAACCUCGACAUUCCAGGCCCACGUGACAUGGGCCCCUCUGCCAAGAGGAGGUCCAUGCAGCCUGCAGUGCUCCAGGUCGAUGACGAUGAUGAUGACGACGACGACGACGACGACGAUGGUGACAAUGAGCAGCCAGCACUACAAGCCAAGAGGCCCACCAAACCCAGGAAGUCAGCAGCAAGGCCAACCACCUGGCACAAAGCUGACCUGGAAAACACAGAACUGCCGGAAUACCAGCACUCUCCCCCUGACUACAUUGAAACCUCUUUUCAGUACUUCACAAGGUACUUUGGCCCCGAAAUUGUCACUCAUAUCACCUACCAAACUAAUUUGUACGCCAAUCAAAAGGACAUUAACACCACUUUCACCACCAAUGAGAAUGAGAUAAUGACAUUUCUGUCCAUCCUGAUGUAUAUGGAGAUUUCAGAGCUCCCAUCUGUUGAAGAUUACUGGGCCAUGGAGACCAGAGUCCCUCAAGUUGCCAACCUGAUGUCCUCAAAGAGGUUCAGGCUGCUGAAAAGGGUUUUCCAUUUCAAUGACAACACUGAGCUCCCUGGUUCCAUUGACCGCUUCUUCAAAAUCCGGCCACUGUUCAUUUUCCUCAAUUCUGCCUUCAGGCGUGAGCCGCAGACCCCCAAACAGUCUGUGGAUGAGGUGAUGGUUGCCUACAAAGGGAAGACAGCCGGCAACCUGAGGCAGUAUAUAAAGACCAAGCCAGACAAGUGGGGUUUUAAAUUGUUUUCCAGGGCCUCUGCGGAUGGCUUCAUCCACGACAUGGUGCUCUACCAGGGGAAGACUACUCUGGAGGCCCACGGUGUCCCCCUGACACCUGAACAACAAGCCAUGGGUGCCACCAGCCAGAUUGUCUCUGUCCUGGCAAGUACCAUGUCCUCCCCCAGCACCACAGCCAUCUUUGCAGAUAACUUUUUCACCAGCCUGGAGCUAGUGCGGUACCUCCGAGACCAGAACUGCAGGUAUACAGGGACAGCCAGGGACAAUAAAAUUGGAAAGCCCCCGCUCAAGUCCAUCAAGGGAAUGGAGAAAAAGGCUGUCCCUCGUGGAACAUGUGACUACAUCAUGAGUGAUGUUGGGAUCCUGGCUGUCAGGUGGAAGGACAACAGAACAGUAUCUCUGCUGUCAACAGACAUGGGGGUGGAGCCUAUAUCCUCAGUCAUCAGGUACUGCAGUGAGACGAAGACGAAGGAGCCGGUGAGCUGUCCAGCUGUCAUCCGGACCUACAAUGCCAACAUGGGGGGCAUUGAUAAGAGUGACAUGUUGGUCCACCUCUACCGCACCCCCGUGAAGUCCAAGAGGUGGUACAAGCGUAUGUUUGCAUACGCCAUUGAUGUCAGCCUCACAAAUGCCUGGAUCAUGUACAGGCGAGACCCUUGGUGUGAAUGGCGUGCCUCUGAAAAGCUUCAGAAUUCAGGUGUUCAGGGCUGCCAGCAACCAGUGGCCAGUCAAGUCUAGCUCCCGAAGAAGCUCAUCUUCAUUGGUUGAGAGCGUGACCGUUGCUGACCCCCAGCCUGUCCGUGGACACCGCAGCCACACCCCAAAUGUGGCUGUGUGGUUUGAUCCCUCCCUCUUCCAUGCCCCUGUACAUGCCAAUCGCCUGACCUGCAAGUACUGCAGCAGGAAAGGCAACAUUGUAAGGUCAAAUGUGGUCUGCAGGGUCUGCAAGGUCCACCUCUGCAUGAAUGUGUAACUGUUUUGUCAGUUACCAUGAGGAAUUUGACUAAUUUCUCAUGUUAUGUAUGUUUUGUUAGUUAGCUUAGUUUUCAGGGACCAUGUUAAAAAGGAACAGAAUAUAGCAGUUUGCUAAUUUCCAUCUGCAGUCCCUGGGCAGGUCAACAUUAUAUACAAACAUAUUUCAUACCCCUGCACUAAAACAUUUACAUUACAAAUGUGUAUUUCAUACCCUUGCACUAAAACGUAUACAUUACAGUUAUUUAUUUCAUACCCUUGCACUAAAACGUUUACAUUACAAAUUUGUAUUUCAUACCCUUGCACUAAAACGUUUACAUAAUUUAUAUUAUAUUUCAUACCCCACAUAAGAAAUGACUCUACACUCUAGUGUUGCACGGUGUACCGAUACUUGAAAGGUACUGCGAUACCCUGCCGUUACAAACGGUACGAUUCCGCCGUUUCAUUGGUAUCGGUACUUUAAGAAUGACGGGGAAAAGUACUCCGGUGAGAAAGCGCCGUUUUAAUAAAGACCCGUGU